AGGUCCGUUUCCGGAAUCUUCCACUUUCCAAUUAAUUAGAAAAAAAGAAUUAAGAAAAAUAAUUGAACAACAGUGGAUUACUUUGAGAACAGAACAGAAAACCCCCCGUCGUUAAAAUCUAAUCCACACCGGUGGAUCUCGCCGCCGGCUGUUCGCCACCAUUUCACUCUCUCUAAGUUAAUUCCAGACGCAAUUCCUUGUCCGUCCGACGAUUUCCUCUUUUGGUUGGAUAAGUAGAUGAUUGCGAAUCGGGGUGAAGAAAAGGAGCUUAGUAGCGUAUCGUGUUAGUUUUCCUGCAAAAGGAGUUGGAGAAUCUUCUUUUGUUUGAUUCGUCUUUGAAGCAAUCUGAAGGCUGUUUUGUUCAUCUUCUUCUUCGGCAGUUUUUGUGGAUUUUCGCGUGCUGAAGACUGUGGAGGUUGGGAUUGGAGAAUAAUACCGAGAUAAUUUCUUCGGAGGAGCUAUAAGAAAAUGGCUACUUUGCAAGAUAUUGGGGUUUCUGCAGCUAUAAAUAUUCUCAGCGCAUUCAUCUUCCUUUUGGUUUUUGCCGUUUUAAGGCUCCAGCCUUUCAAUGAUCGGGUGUACUUUUCGAAGUGGUAUUUGAAGGGUUUAAGGAGCAGCCCAACACACGCAGGUGCCUUUGUACGUAGGUUUGUCAACUUGGACUUCAGGUCAUAUCUGAAGUUCUUGAAUUGGAUGCCCGAAGCCAUCAAAAUGCCAGAACCUGAGCUUAUUGAUCAUGCAGGAUUGGACUCUGCUGUGUACCUGCGGAUAUACUUAAUAGGGCUUAAGAUCUUUGUCCCCAUAGCAUUCCUUGCAUGGGCUGUACUGGUACCAGUUAAUUAUACCGAUGAUAAUGUGAGUGUUGCUCAAGUGACGGCAAAUGUGACUGCUAGUGAUAUUGACAAGCUUUCAGUAUCAAACAUCCCUGCCAAAUCACAAAGGUUUUGGAGUCAUCUCGUGAUGGCUUAUGCAUUUACUGUGUGGACAUGCUAUGUACUGAUGAAGGAGUAUGAGAAGAUUGCUUCAUUGAGACUACAAUUUCUUGCAUCUGAGAAACGCCGUCCGGAUCAGUUUACGGUCCUUGUAAGAAAUGUCCCACCAGAUCCGGAUGAAUCAGUCAGUGAGCUUGUUGAGCACUUUUUCUUAGUGAACCAUCCAGAUCACUAUCUUACACAUCAGGUGGUACGUGAUGCAAACAAGUUGGCCAAACUGGUCGAGAAGAAGAAGAAAGCACAGAACUGGCUUGACUUCUACCAACUCAAGUAUUCAAGAAAUUCUACAGUUAGACCUGUGAUGAAGACUGGUUUUCUUGGACUCUGGGGAAAGAAAGUGGACGCAAUUGAAUUUCAGACAGCAGAGAUUGAGAAGCUGUCCAUAGAAAUAGCAUCAGAAAGAAAAAGGAUUGCCAAUGAUCCAAAAUCUAUAAUGCCAGCAGCAUUUGUUUCAUUCAAGUCACGUUGGGGUGCAGCUGUUUGUGCACAAACUCAGCAAUCUAGAAAUCCAACUAUUUGGUUGACAGAAUGGGCUCCAGAACCACGUGAUAUAUAUUGGGAAAAUCUUGCAAUUCCAUAUGUUUCACUUACUGUUAGAAGGCUAAUUAUGGGCGUUGCAUUCUUCUUCCUUACUUUCUUCUUCAUGAUUCCCAUAUCAUUUGUACAAUCUCUUGCAAGCAUUGAGGGGAUUCAGAAGAUUGCACCAUUCCUAAAACCCAUUAUUGAAAGGGACCUUUUUAAGUCAUUUGUCCAAGGUUUUCUUCCCGGAAUUGUGUUGAAGAUUUUUCUCAUUUUCCUGCCUACAAUAUUGAUGAUAAUGGCUAAAUUUGAAGGAUUUACAUCUCACUCAUCUUUAGAGAGGAGAGCAGCAGCUCGUUACUACAUUUUCAACUUUGUGAAUGUGUUCCUUGGCAGUGUAAUUGCAGGAGCUGCUUUUGAACAACUGAAUACUUUUGUUCAUCAGUCUACUGAUCAAAUUCCCAAGACAAUUGGAGUGGCGAUACCGAUGAAAGCAACUUUUUUUAUAACUUACAUCAUGGUUGAUGGAUGGGCUGGCAUUGCUGGGGAGAUUUUGAUGUUGAAGCCCUUGAUAAUGUUCCACUUGAAGAACUUUUUCUUAGUGAAGACGGAAAAGGAUAGGGAAGAGGCCAUGGAUCCAGGAAGUCUUGGUUUCAACACAGGAGAACCUCGAAUUCAGUUAUAUUUUCUAUUAGGUCUCGUAUAUGCAACCAUUACACCUCUUUUGCUUCCUUUCAUCAUAGUCUUCUUUGCCCUCGGCUUUGUUGUAUUCCGGCAUCAGAUCAUAAAUGUUUACAACCAGGAAUAUGAAAGUGCUGCGGCAUUCUGGCCCGAUGUCCAUGGGCGAAUCAUUUAUGCAUUGAUUUUCUCACAGGUGGUUCUAAUGGGACUACUAAGUACAAAGAAAGCUGCCCAAUCAACCCCUUUUCUAAUUGCACUUCCAGUAAUCACCAUAUCAUUCCAUCUGUACUGCAAAGGCCGUUAUGAACCUGCAUUUAUCCGAUAUCCCAUACAGGAAGCAAUGAUGAAGGACACUUUGGAACGUGCAAGGGAACCAAACCUGAAUUUGAAAGGGUACCUGCACACUGCAUAUGCCCAUCCGGUUUUCAAGGAGAGUGAAGAUGACGAUGAAGCCGAGUCGAAUGAAGCAUUUGAAACAGAGAGUGUGUUGGUGGCAACAAAACGUCAAUCAAGAAGAAACACUCCGUUGCCGAGCAAAGCCAGUGCUCCUUCAUCUCCAUCUUUGCCCGAUGUUCGGAGAGACAUCCAUCAACCUUAAACACUAAAUCAAAGGUACAUAGGAUUCACAUCUCUCUGUACAUUUUACUGUUAAAUAAAAUGAUAUGUUGUGGGGAAAUGAUGAUGUAAAUUGAAUGAGCAAAGUUGUAGAAUUUAGAGUAACUAAUGUGAAAAGUUGGAAUUGUCAUUAUAUUGAGCAUUGUAUUUUUUAUUUUUUUUUCCCUUAAUUUGGUUGGGUUUCUUAAAAUAGUAAGGAUGAUGAUAAAUUAUGUCUUGGUGGAGCCUUUUCUGUAAUUUUUCAUAUUUUUUCUUGGUUAGAUUUCAAUGUAUAAACACUUUUUGUAGCAAACUCUCUAUUGUCCAUUCUGAAUGGAGGUUUCUUGUUAGAAAAAGAAA